AUGUCCAAAUCCCAACCCGUCACAAAAUACCAGGAGCGCGUCUACGCCGCCCUCCAACAAAUCCCCUCGGGCAGAAUAACAUCCUACGCCGCGCUGGCUCGCGCUCUGGGCAGCAGUCCGCGCGCCGUCGGCGGCGCACUCCGCGCGAACCCUUUUGCGCCGGAGAUUCCUUGCCAUCGAUGCAUCGCGAGUACGGGUUUUGUUGGUGGGUACAAAGGCGACUGGGAGAAGGCGCCGAGCGGGCAGAAUCAGGAUUCGAAGCUGGAGCUGCUGAAGGAGGAAGGUGUUUUGUUUGAUGAGAAGGGUUUUUUGGUGGAUCGGGCGCUGUGGUGGGAUGGGUUUGAUGUCGAGAAGUUGAAGUAA